CAUCCUUGUGUGUGUUCAAUUAGAACACAAAAGCUAAUACUAGAACUCUAUAUACCUGUACCAGUAAAGAAGCUAUAAAGACUCAGUAGGAAUAUUAAGUGUAAAUUGCAUUGUUGGCAACAGAUGGAUGGACACCGACAUCAAGAUGGUCAGGAACCACCCAAACUGCAUGACACUGCCACACGACAAGAUCUAGAUCCCAAUAGGCACCCACAGCCUACCAAAAGAACCCAUCGACAGCAGCAACAAGAACCUCCCAAGUUCCAGGCCAGCUCCACACAAGACACCCAGGCCUCAAAGCAGAGCUUGCGAGAAAAGUACAUUGACUGUAAGAAUGGGUUUGUUGAUUGGAUAGUAGAGCAGACAGAUGGCUUGAAGAAUUGCUACUGCCCUUGCAAAGAACUUGGAAAGCCACCUAAGGGACCACCCACACUGGACACAUUACUAGAUGUUGGCCUCGAUUCAGAAAUCUUUAAAGAUCUAGGAGCAAAACUUCUCAGUCCGGACAAAAUGAAUGAGGUAUCUAAUCUCAAUGAGAUGUUUCAAGCUUGGCUAAGUGAAGGUCAGGUGUCAUGGGAACAUCUAGCAGAGGCACUGGACGGUAUUGAUGGACAGGCAGAUAGUGCAGCCAAAGUGAGGAAACUGUAUCAGUGCUGCUGAAGCAUCCAUUUAACAAACACAGGCACUCGGACUCAAACUGUAAUCAACUUUUCAGUGUAGAUUGUUUCGACGUAUAUAUGAAUGCAAUAUUUGACGAAUCUUUAUCUCUUAUAUUAUUUAACUCUCA